UGUACGGCAUCACUUUUAUUGGGGGGUUUUUUUUCUUAUCGAUACCCUCUCGACUGCACCCAUAUCGCGGAACAGCCUCGAUUCCUUUUCAACACCACAUUUGCAACACGACUCGACUCGUCCUCAUCCUGCUCCUAAGCUCGCCAAUCAUGGCGCCCAAACGACCCCUCGACUCCGACAGCGCAGAGGCUCCCGCCGCAAAGAAGCAUCGAAAAGGCUUCCGCGUAGGCCCGCAGAACUUACCAGAUGGUCCGUGGAAGAGAAAAGUGGAUAAGAUAAAGAAAAACCUCAUCCACAAGGCGAAGGUGAAAAAGGCAUACAAAAAGAUAAAGGCCGCCGAAUUAGCCUCCUCUUCUUCUUCCAAGCCCGAGCUUGCUGCCGCUGCCGAAGGCGCCGAGGAAGCCCCUUCGUCGGCACAAAUUCACCCCGAAAGGCAGGCCAUGCUAGGCGAGGACGACCAGCCAGAUCCGUCCUCACUGCCCCCCGACGACGUCCGCAGUCCGCGUAAGCGGAGGGGGAAAGCACGCAAACCCGGGUAUUUCGACAAGGCCCUGCUCAAGGCCGAGGUCAAGAAGGCCGAGGCGGAAGCCCGUGCCCAAGAAGCCGAGAAGAGGAAGGAGGAACGAAAUCGCAAGAGCGCCGAACGCGAGAGGUUCAGGAAGGCCAUGGCGAAGGCGCGGGCCCCCGGUCGAGACGGUCAACGCCGAUUGGGCCGAGAGAGCGGAUUGUUGCUUGAGAAAGUGAAGAAGUUGGUCGGAGAGGGAAACUGAAAGAGGCACUCAUGCCUGGUAGCGACGUCGCGAGCCCUGCGCACCAAGGGCUACCCUACAUUUGCAGCCGGUAAUCUCCUU